AUGAAGCGGCAGAAUGUGCGCACGUUGGCGCUCAUCGUGUGCACCUUCACCUACCUGCUGGUGGGCGCCGCGGUCUUCGACGCGCUGGAGUCGGAGCCCGAGAUGAUCGAGCGACAGCGGCUGGAGCUGCGGCAGCUGGAGCUGCGAGCGCGCUACAAUCUCAGCGAGGACGGCUACGAGGAGCUCGAGCGCGUCGUGCUGCGCCUCAAGCCGCACAAGGCCGGCGUGCAGUGGCGCUUCGCUGGCUCCUUCUACUUCGCCAUCACCGUCAUCACCACCAUCGGAUAUGGCCACGCAGCGCCCAGCACGGAUGGCGGCAAGGUUUUCUGCAUGUUCUACGCGCUGCUGGGCAUCCCACUCACGCUCGUCAUGUUCCAGAGCCUGGGCGAACGCAUUAACACCUUCGUGAGGUACCUGUUGCACCGCGCCAAGAAGGGUCUGGGCAUGAGGCGCGCCGACGUGUCCAUGGCCAACAUGGUGCUCAUCGGCUUCGUCUCUUGCAUCAGCACGCUGUGCAUCGGCGCCGCAGCCUUCUCCUACUAUGAGCACUGGACCUUCUUCCAGGCCUAUUACUACUGCUUCAUCACGCUCACCACCAUCGGUUUCGGCGACUACGUGGCGCUGCAGAAAGACCAGGCGCUGCAGACUCAGCCGCAGUACGUGGCCUUCAGCUUCGUCUACAUCCUCACAGGCCUCACGGUCAUUGGCGCCUUCCUCAACCUCGUGGUGCUGCGAUUCAUGACCAUGAACGCCGAGGACGAGAAACGCGACGCCGAGCACCGCGCGCUACUCACGCACAACGGGCAGGCGGGCGGCAGCAGCCUGGGCGGCCUCAGCUGCCUGAGCGGCGGCCUGGUGGACAGCGCGCACCCCGGCGACCCCGCCUCGUGCGCGGCGGCGGCGGCGGGAGGCGUCGGGGUCGGAGUGGGAGGCAGCGGCUUCCGCAACGUCUACGCCGAGGUGCUGCACUUCCAGUCCAUGUGCUCCUGCCUCUGGUACAAGAGCCGCGAGAAGCUGCAGUACUCCAUCCCUAUGAUCAUCCCGCGGGACCUCUCCACGUCCGACACGUGCGUGGAGCAGAGCCACUCGUCUCCGGGAAUGGGGGGUCGCUACAGCGACACGCCCUCGCAUCGCUGCCUCUGCAGCGGGACGCAACGCUCUGCCAUCAGCUCGGUGUCCACAGGCCUGCACAGCCUGGCCACCUUCCGGGGCCUCAUGAAGCGCAGGAGCUCCGUGUGAACACCCCCUGGAGGCCUGGAGCACCUGCGAGAGAGCGGGGUGGGGCUCCUGUGGUGAGGAGUGGCACGGGUCAGCCAGGAGGCCCCCUAAAGAUGCCUUUGGGCCAGUGGGACGCCCCCAGCCCCCCACCACCACUCUUCCCCACCCUACACCCCUCCCUUCUCCGAUUGUGCCUGCUUGCACCAGCCAGCAGGAGGCUGGGCUCUGAGGACCACUGGAGCCCCCAUCUCGAGCCCUACAAAUUCCGAGAAAUGUGAAACUUAAGGGUUGGAGGAUGGUUCUUGGAGGGAAGGCAGCCUCUGGGAGCCUCCUAUCUUUUGGGAAAUCUAAGAAGCUCCCCAGUCCUCAGAGGCCCUGUUGGGACCCAGAUCCCCACCUCCUGAGGAGACUUUUGUUCCACGUUUAUUCGUUUGCAUCUCUACUUAUACCUCCCCUUGGCUCCAAAAGCCAGGGAAUCUUUGUCCAGGUCACCCCACACACACACACACUCAGUCCCACUCUGCUCCCUCUUUCCCAGCCGUGUCUCCCAGCCUCCCACCACCUUCUGUGUCAUUUUGCAUGGCUAUGCAGUUAUGGAGAAAAUGGAAACCCCAGCAGUCCCUAAACUAAUCCUCAGAGGGCAGAACAGAAAGAAAGAGCAGGCCAGCCACAGGAGAUUGGAGAGAGGGGAGUAUGAAAACAAUGGCUCCCAAGUCUUCAGGGUGGUGGCAUCUGCAGGUGAGCUCCCUAGCAUCUAGUGACAUAUUCAAUGGCUCUGGAACACUCCACCUUGGAACAGACCCUCAAGGUGUUGUCCUUGGCUUCUGCCACUACUGAGAAUCAACUCUACAAUUUGUAGAGUGAUUUUUUUUUUCAGGCCCAUAAAACCCUGUCCUACCUACUCAUUCAUUUGAGUGUCACAACACUCCAGUUAGGUCACCAGGGAAGUUCUUGUGCCCAUUUUACAGAGGAGGACACAGGCAACAUGACUUGCCCAAGGUGAUACAGGUAGCAAAGAGAAGCCACAAAUUUGUUCCCAGCUCAAGUGCUCUUUCUUCCAGCUCAGCCUGCUCUUGGAAGCAAAGCCUCUGUCCCAGCUCCCUAGGAUUGUAUAGGGUGGCUAAGGAUUAAGCCAGACCCAGAAACCCUGACUGGGGCCGCUGCUGAGGCUCAGUCUCUGCUACUCUUGGCCUCAAGGCCAAGGCUCUGAGUGGACCCUUGUCUCUGGACCACUUGAUAACAGGCAAGGAAGUCCUUGGGACCAAGGUAAGCAAGGCUGGGUCUCAUGUAAUAAAAGCCAAGAACUAAAGCUCUAGGAGUUUGGGGAUCAGACAAAGGGACCAACAAGCUAGCAGGUAUAUCCUGUGGCAUUAUCCCUGACCCCACAGCUAGCAUGAGUACCCAUGUCCCCAGUUGUUUAGACUUGGGCUUCGACUGCAGCCAGGAACACCCCUCUAGGCAAGGGGCUGGGCCUGGUCUGCUCUCCACACCCCCACUUGCAAACCAGAAGCCAAGUGGAAAAGUAGUAAAUGGAUGAUGCUCUUAACUUGCUACUGUGGACCUUCAGCUGGAGGUGGGAUAGUGCCCAGGGCAGCAUCAAGGGUGAAUGAGACUAGGGCUAUACUUCAGUGGUGGAGCACUUUCCUAGAAUGCUCAGGAACCUGGGUUUGAUCCCCAAGGCCACACAAAAGGAAAAAAGGGGAAGGACAUCUCCUCCCAGUACUUCCCUUCCCAUACUGUUUCCCUGACCAGCUCCACGUGACUGAGCAAGAUAACCCUGACAAGUUGGGAAGCUGGAAGAAGGGGCUUCACCCCAGCCAUGUCUACUAGUCUCUGGGGACACCAAAAGGGAAUCAGUAUGGCCUAUGUGCAUCCCCUGUCAGUGUGGAAGAGCUGGCUAACCAUGUGCCAAAGGGGAAUGGAGCUCAGGAGCUGGAGAGGUGCCCUCUGUGUUAAUGUUGGGCUGGGAACAGUGCUGACUGCCUCUGUCCUGUGUAUGACCCUGCCCUCGAGGGGUCAAGUCCUGUCAGAUCCGAGGGAGCCACAACCAAAGUUGCAGAGAGAGGGUGGGGAAGGCAGCAGAAUGGCCCUGGGGCCUGAGCAUGGGGGACUGCUGGUCUCCAGUGGGGUCUUUCCUAGGGAACUGGAAGGCCACUGUCACUUCCUAUCUCACCCCCUCCUACUGCAGGCAGCCUUUCUGCUUCCCCAAUGCCUUAUGCCUGGGCACACUGCCACAGAAUAUGCAAUAUGUGUGGGUGACAGUGCCUUGCACCCACAACUGCCUGGGCAGCUCCUGACUCCCCAGGCUGUGGCUGUCCUGGCCCCCUCAGCAGCUCCUGCCCAUCUGUCUUCAUACUGAGAAUGGCGCCUAAUAAAUGCUGUCCAUGGA